UUCACCUUUUCCUUCAGAAGUUUCGUCCCCAUCCUUCUCAAUUAGUCUCCACUUCCAAAGAGUUUGUCUUAGUUAGUGCUUGAUUAUCAUCCAGCCAUGGAACAUUUCCUUCUUCUCCAUUUCUUAGCGGCCACGUUAAUGGCCAUAAAGGCCACUUCCCUCAAGUGGGUUAUCAUCCCCAAUGUGGAUAAAGAUCCCCAUGCACAAGACUUGGGGGCCUUUGCUGUGGAUGUGUAUAACCAACAGAGCCAUGCGUACCUCAAGUUCUUACAAGUAGUGGAAGGAGAAGAACUGGAUCGUGGCAGUGAACAUUACACGUACAGAUUGGCCAUUAAGGUUCUGGACGACACUGAAACAAGGCUUUACUGGAGUGAAGUCUUACAAGAUCUGUCAGCACCUAGCCAACCUCCAGUACUGAACUUAGGCUCGUUCGCAUCGGUACCUCACCUUCCCUGGCUUCCGACUUGGAGCGACAUCCCAGAUGCAGCAAAUGACGAGCGAUUACAUCACUUGGCUCUGUUCGCUGUGGAAAUAUACAGCACACAGAACCAUGCCGUUCUUAAGUUACUGCAGGUGGUGGAUGGGCAGUGCAGCAGGAGAAUAUGGUUUCCAGACGAGUUCCACUCGCAAUGUCAAGGGAAAUGUUCAGCAAUUGGAAAAAACACCAACAGGAAAGACUAAAGAGUGGGUUGAUCUAAUAAGCUUGGAGCACUUUAAAGUUUAAAGUACUUGAUGCAGAUGUUGAAGAAUAACCAGAUGUGACAUUUCAAUGGUCAGAUGUAGAAUGAACUAACACUGAGCACAAGAUGCUGAUGAUGAACAGCCUGUACAUGCUCACAGUACGAUCUAGAAUUUUAAACAAGAAAAUAAAGAAGAAGAAGAUGAUGAUGAUGAUGAAUGAUAAUUCACGUUCAUGUUUUGUACUGAGAGGUUUAUUUGCUGAUGUUUUAACACUUUAAUUUAAAUUGAUGGAUGGUGGAUGUGAAACUGAUACUUAUCAGUUUGUUGUUUUCAUUCAUUUAUGAAUAAUAUUUUUUUAUUUUUCAUAGGAAUCUAAAUAUUUUCUGAUUUUUUGUCUACACCUUUUCUGAUUUUUCUUAAUAUUUUCAUACUUUAAAAAUUUUAAAAAUAAUUUACAAUUUGUUGUGCUGUUUUAUUUUAGAUCAGAUUAUGUAUCUCACUAUUGGUCUGACUAAUAGACAUAUGUUAAGCACUUUAUAACAUUGAUAAGCACAGUAGAUGAAAAUGUAUAAAACUCAUUAAAGGAAACAUAGAAUUUAGUGGUAUUUGGCAAUUAUAUGGAAUUUGGAGUUCAAGAUAGAUUGUAAGUUUGUAACCAAAGAAAGCAAAAUGCUUUCGUAAGCAAUAUCUGAGUCCCAAUAGCAACACAAGGUGUCGAAAUUGGGCAACAUCCAGGCACACUCCAAAAGAAAGAAUACACUUGCAACAAAAAAAUUAACAUGCUCAUGAGUCAUGAAUGUCAGGUAGAUACAAGACAGAUAAGGUUACAUGUCUGUAACUGGAAUAACACCAUGCAAAUAAACAAGACAGAACACAAAUAAAAUAAAAUAGGAUAAAAUUA